CCCAGCUGUUCCUUGAGAAGUAGAGCUACGGGCAGGGAAGGAAGGCAGACAAGUGUCUCCAAGGUUAAGAAUCAUUGCAACUUGAAGAUUCUUGUUAACAGCUCAAAAACGUUUCUCACCAACUGGAGCAGGAACCUGAUAUUGAAGCUGUUUCUAAAUCAGGAGGAGCUCUGCUGGACCAGCCUAUAUAUCGACAGAUACAAUGUUGAAAGGUCACAUUGCACAUGAUUUGAAACCCAAAGCAAACUCAAAGAGGAAACUUAAAGAAUGAAUAAGAUGCCAGUAUCUUACUCAGAUCUGGUAAAGGAGAGGAAAGAAAGGGCAAAGGUAGCACAUAAAGAGAUUGAGGGAGACCACUUGAACCUGGGGAAGAAGAUCAGUGUCCCCAGGGAUGUGAUGAUGGAGGAGCUGGCCUUGCUUUCCAAUAAGGGGUCGAGGAUGUUUCACGAGAGGCAGAAACGGGUCGACAGGUUCACUCUGGAGAACAUGAAAGAGGGGCCUCUCACUGUUCAGAAUGGCACUCAGCUAUUGUCAAACAGCGGGAAAGAGAAUUUCAGAACAGAGAUCUAUGUCGAGCAACCUGGCAAAGGUGAUUUCCUCUCAACACUGAAGAAAAAAGCAGCUAAAAAAAGCGGAAACCCAAACUCCAUUGCACCAGGGUACUCUGGACCCCUGAAGGAAAUCCCACAUGAGAAGUUUAACAUCACAGUUAUCCCCAAAUCCUACCAGUCACCUUGGAGGGAGUCCCUUACUGAUACAGAGGAGCUCCUGCAUUCCCUGAACCAACAGCUCCCAGAGCCUCCCCAGAAACCAGAGUUCAGGUGCUUCAAUAGAGCGCCUUUGCCUUUUGGAGGAACAGCAGGAUACGAGAGGACAUUUCCUUUGCCAGGCUUCGAGCUCUCCCAUGCACAGACUGAGCCCAAUUUAAGCCUGGCACGUAUCCUGAACAGACCCAACUUCAACCGUGCACCCAGAGGCUGGGGGGUCUGCUAUUCUCCAGAGUCUGCUGAGCUGUAAACCCAGGGAUUACGAUCUACAAAUCAGAGCCAUCACAUAGAGAAGCACUGCCUCCCUAUCUUACUCUUUAAAACCCUCAUAAGCAAGACCAUUCAAAAUAUAAACUCUAUUCAAUUAGCAACUGAACAUUUUACUGUAAAGAUAAUGACAUCACUAUUCACAUUAAAAAGGGUCUUGACAAGAGGAAAAGCUUGAUGCUUGUUUAAUGUUCUAGAAAAGAAAUUACUUCAAAUAGUCACACUAUAAAAAUUAUCUUUCUUCUGGUCAUUUACACAUGUAACAUCAAACUAAUACAAUAAAAAAUUAAGUAUCUUUAA